AAGGCCUCCAUUCCAUUUCUCAAUUACAUUAUAUCACAAAGCACGAAGCCGCAGUUCGGAUACCUUAACAUGGCCUCCCCAAUCCCCGUCUGGUUCAUCACUGGUGGUAGCAGCGGCUUUGGUCAAAGCAUCGCGAUGGAAGCCCUCCGCCGAGGCCAUCAUGUCGUCGCCACCGCUCGUCGCUCCUCAUCUCUUACCGCCCUCGCUGAGGCUGGCGCCCAGAUCCUGGACCUCGACGUCACCGCUACGGAGGACGUCAUCGAGGUCAAGAUGAAACAAGCUCAUGAUUACUACGGUCGCUUGGACUACAUUAUUAAUGCUGCGGGUUAUGUCCUUGAGGGAGCUUGCGAGGAAGCUUCGGAAAAGGAGGUCCUCGACCAGUUCAACACCAACGUCCUCGGCGCCAUCAAAGUCACUCGAGCAGCAAUUCCUCACCUCCGGGCUCAGCGCUCUGGCGUCAUCGCACACUUCGGCUCCCUCGCUAGCUGGAACGGCAACCCGGGGACGGGCUUCUACAACUCAACCAAGUGGGCCAUCAGCGGCUUCUCCGAGUCCAUGAGCGCGGAGUUGGCCCCGCUGGGUAUCGCGACUACCUGUAUCGAGCCGGGCAUGUUCCGCACGGGGUUUCUCAACGCCGGGCGUCGGAUCGGCACCGAGCGCCGCCUGGGCGACGUGUACGGGAAGGUGGAGGAGGUACGCGCGUUUCUGGAUGAGAAGAACAAUAGUCAAUUGGGGGACGUCGAAAAGGGGGCACGGGUCACAGUUGAUGUGUUGACGGGAACAGGCGUGGGCGAGGGCAGGACAAUUCCUGUGAGGUUGGUGUUGGGAUCGGAUUCUUUCAAUGUGAUCAAAGGAAAGUGUGAGAGUACCCUCAAGCUGUUGAAGGAGUGGGAGGAUAUUAUUGUGUCAACCGAUCAUGAUGACAUGAAAUAA